UAAAUGUCAGGCAGUGUUAAUCGGUUGAUCAUUUGAAGUUUAUGACUCUUCCGUAUCUGUCAGUCUGCACACUUUCCUGAAUGCAUUCACACGCAGGGUUUGAUCUCAACCUCUGACAAAGAAAAAGAGUGAAAAUGAUGUCAUAUUUGAGCUUUUUUCUUCUGGGUUCUGCCCUUGUGGCAUACACAUGGAGGGACACCUUUGAUCCAGAAUCAGUCCGGAAGGCUCGAGUGUUGGUCACAGGGGCCAGCAAGGGGAUUGGCGAGCAGAUGGCCUACCAUUACGCACAGUUUGGAGCACAGAUUGUCAUUACCGCGAGAAGGGAAGAUCAUCUAAAAAAGGUGGCAGAGAAGUGUGUAAAACUGGGUGCACAACGGGUUAUGUAUGUGACCGGAGACAUGUCUGAUCCCGCUGACCCCACCAGAGUCCUCAAACACGCUGUGGACAAACUGGGUGGACUGGAUUAUCUGGUGUUGAAUCAUGUUGGAAACAGCAACGUUGAGUUCUGGAACAGAGAUGCAGAUCACGUCAGAUCACUCAUGCAGGUAAACUUUGUGAGUUACGUGCAGUUGGCCGGCGCAGCACUGCCUGUGCUGGAAAAAUCGGGCGGUUCCAUAAUCGUAGUGUCAUCGCUGGCAGGUAAGCUGACCACACCAUUUGUGGCUCCGUACACCUCCACUAAGUUUGCUAUGAAUGGAUUCUUCGGAGCGCUACAGAACGAACUGGCCAUCCAGAAGAGUAACGUAUCUGUGAGCGUUAUGAUCCUAGGACUCAUCGACACGGAAUCGGCAAUGAAUAAGAUCAGAAGUUUCACCACAAUGACUGCCUAUCCCGCCAGUGAAGCCGCCCUGAACAUUAUCAAAGCUGGAGCGACCCGUCAGAAAGAGGCGUUUUACCCCUGGUUCCACUAUUUCACCUGCCUGUUCAAAGACUGGCUCCCCAUUACUAGAAACCUUUUGAUUUCAGACCUCACUAUGCAGAAAUUGGACUAAUGUGCAUGUGCAUAUACAUACACCUACGUUUCCUUCAGAAUUGUACUUUAGCUGCGGAGGAAUAUAUAAAUGUUUAAUAAUUUUUUUUCUCCCAAUAAAAUUUCAUUUAU